AUGGCUGGAUUAGACUACCUUCUUUUCGAAGAGGCUACCGGAUAUGGUAUUUUCAAAGUUCUCAUACAGCAAGACGACAUUGCUUCCAGAUCGAAGGAAGUACAAGAAGCAGCCCAUGACUUGUCAAAAUUUUCCAAAAUGAUUGAGUUAGUUUCAUUUGCACCUUUUAAAGGCGCAGCACAGGCUUUGGAGAACGCCAAUGACAUUUCUGAGGGUUUAGUUUCCGAUUACUUGAAAGAAGUUUUGGAGUUGAAUUUACCCAAAACUAGCAAAAAAAUCACUUUGGGUGUAUCGGAUAAAAACUUGGGUCCUUCAAUCAAGGAAAUUUUCCCCAAUGUCGACGUGUUGUCGAACGAAAUUGUUCAAGAUUUCCUUAGAGGUAUUAGAGUAUUUGGUGCCAAGUUGUUUAAAGAUUUACAAGAUGGUGAUAUUGAAAGAGCACAGUUGGGAUUGGGCCAUGCUUUCUCAAGAGCUAAAGUUAAGUUUUCCGUGCAAAAGAAUGAUAACCACAUCAUCCAAGCUAUUGCAUUGUUGGACCAAUUAGAUAAGGAUAUCAAUACGUUUUCAAUGAGGGUUAAGGAAUGGUAUGGAUGGCAUUUCCCAGAAUUGGCCAAGAUUGUUUCUGAUAAUUACCAAUUUGCCAAAUUAGUUCUUUACAUUAAAGACAAGUCGAACUUGACCGAUGAAGAUUUACACGAUGUUGCCGCCAUUUUGAAUGAAGAUUCAGGGGUAGCCCAACGUGUGAUUGAUAAUGCCAAGAUUUCCAUGGGUCAAGACAUCAGUGAACAAGAUAUGGAAAAUGUUAUUGUUUUUGCACAAAGGGUGGUCAACUUGACUGAAUACAGACAACAAUUGUUCAAAUACUUGACUGAUAAAAUGCACACGGUGGCACCAAACUUGUCGACCUUGAUUGGUGAAGUGGUUGGAGCUAGAUUGAUUUCUCACGCUGGAUCAUUGACCAACUUGUCGAAACAAGCAGCAUCAACGGUGCAAAUCUUGGGUGCAGAAAAGGCAUUGUUUAGAGCAUUGAAAACAAAGGGAAACACACCAAAGUAUGGAUUGAUUUAUCAUUCGUCAUUUAUCGGCAAGGCUGGAGCCAAGAACAAAGGUAGAAUCUCGAGAUAUUUGGCAAACAAAUGUUCAAUUGCUUCCAGGAUUGACAAUUAUAGUGAUGAACCUACCACGGCAUUUGGAGAAGUGUUGAAGAAGCAAGUUGAAGAUAGGUUGAAGUUUUACGACACUGGUUCGGCACCAAUGAAGAACUCUGAUGCUAUUAAGGCGGCUUUGGCUUUGACUGGAGGAUCAGAUGCUAUUGUCGAAGAUGUUGAAAUUGAGGAUGUUGAAGACAAGCUGGAAAAGAAGGACAAGAAAGAAAAGAAGGAAAAGAAGGAAAAGAAGGAAAAGAAGGAAAAGAAGGAAAAGAAGGAAAAGAAAGACAAGAAGGAAAAGAAGGAAAAGAAGAGAAAAGCGGAUGAUGAAGAAGAAACCCCAAAGAAGAAAAAGAAGAAGUCCAAGGACUAA